AUGGAAAAGUUUGUCUUGCGUGGAGACGCGGCUGCGGCAUUAGCGGCAUCGUUAGUAGACGCCGUUCCGUCUCAAUGGCAGCGAAAGAAACGACAGCGACAGACGACUAUUCAUCAUGGGGAUAAAGUAGUGUCAGAGGAGCAUGUUCAGUACCUGAAUGAGGAACUAAAUGAAGCGAAAACGAGUACCAACAUGUUGAGGAUCUUGGAGGCAGUCGAACCAGUGUUUAUUUCAUUAGAGAUGCUGGAAAAGACACGGAUUGGCGUGACACUUACGAGACUUUAUAGACGAACAAAAGACGUGGAAGUACAAGAAAGAACGAAGAAGUUGCUAAAGUUGUGGAAAGCAAGAGCUAAGAAGGCGAUGAGACGUCGAGUCAGACGCGUUGAGACGUAUGGACGCAAUUACGCCGAGUAG